GAGGCCUCUUCUAACAUAUUCUUCCUCUUCUUUUCCAUCCUUCUACUUCUUUAUAUCCAAAAAGCAAAUUUAUUAGAUCCAUCCAAAAGAAAACCAUGCUAGAACCUUCCCUUAAUACCCUCAAACCUACAGCCACCAUUAAGUUCUUGUGUAGCUAUGGCGGCCGAAUCCUUCCCCGUUAUCCCGAUGGUAAACUCCGUUACCGUGGUGGAGAAACUCGUGUUCUUUCUAUCGAUCGCUCGAUUUCCUAUGCCGAACUGGUGGUGAAGCUUCGGGAUAUGUGUGGAACAUCUUCAAUGAGUUUAAGGUGUCAAUUGCCAACUGAAGACUCAGAUGCACUUGUAUCAAUCACUUCCGAUGAGGACCUGGCCACUCUCUUUGAGGAAUACGAUCAAGCCACGGCGGCGCCGCCUGCAUCUAUCAAGAUUAGGGCCUUCCUUUCAACCCCGAAAGCCACCAAUAAAGUGUUGCCGCCACCCUCCUCUGCCUCCUUGUCUUCAUCCUCUAGUAACGACGCUACGUCGACCAAAUCAAUUUAUUACACCACAGCCACCUUACCCCCAAGAUGUCCAACAUCGAAUACUGGGCAUUGCACUCGAUAUGCCUCGAAACCGCCGGUGUCUCCGCCAUGUAAGGGUGCAGCCACCGCGCGACAGCUUCCUAAGUUUGCUUAUCGUCAUGUGCAUGGGAACAAAAAUGGGCAGGUUUAUCUUAUCCAUCAUGGGAACCAUUGUCAGUAGAGGCAAAAUUUGGUGGAAUGAAUGGACAAAAUUGCCUUAGGAAAAUUAAUACAGAAAUUAUCACCAAUAGUAUAAGCAAAAAAAAAAAAAUUUACGAUGUAAGAUCGAUUCGAUUUUAAAAAGGGAUCCAUUUUUGUUGAUCCUUGCAUGGUAAUCAAUGGAAAUGGUAACCUAAUUUCAUUUUUGUCGUCGAACAAUUUGAUGAUGAGUUUCUUUCUUUCUUUAA